AUGGCCGGGACAUUCGCGCUGGUGCUACCAACAGUUAUAGGAGGACAUGCGUUUCACGGAAUAACACCUGAGAAACCAACUUAUCCCUUGGGCAAGAUAGCACUCGACGUGCAGUUUCGAACAGUAGAAAACUUCACAAAAGAAAAGCUCGAGUUCGAGGUCAUAGACUGGCCGUCACAGUAUCAUGCCCUCUUGGGACGAACCGCGUAUGCUAGAUUCAUGGCAGUACCUCAUUACACAUAUCUAUUGUGGAGGAUUCCUGGACCCAAGGGCCCUAUAACGGUCAAGGGAAGUUUUGUCAUCUCAGAUAAGUGCGAUAAGGAUUUUCACAAGCUUUCCGAGUCAUUUGGAAUGCAAGCGGAGUACGAGGCGACCAAGUUCACCACUAACCACGAUGUGUUGCCAGACGGAGGUAGAUCCUUGCAAGAGCAAGCUUUCGACGCCUCUAAGGAUUCCAAAGAAGUACAAGUCCACCCGACAGAUCCCAAGAAGACAACAUCCAUCGUGGCUAACCUGGAUAGCGCAUAG